AUGGUUACCAACGAAUCCCUCUUGCGGGCAUCUCGUCUCUCGAACCCGGCGACGUCCUGGGUGGGUUUGAUCCAACAUUCGACCUCGCCUUACUCGAGCCCUUUGGUAGUCAUACCGAAGAAAUCUGGUGGUGUUCGCAUCACCGUCAAUUAUCGUAAGCUCAACAAGCUUUGUGCUUUGAGUCAGCUUCCGAUUCCUCGAGUCGAUGAUACUUUGGACAAGUUGUCGAAAGGGCGAAUUUAUUCCCUUUUCGACUUGAAAUCUUCGUUCCACCAAAUCACGGGGCACCGCGAUACAAUCCCUUUAACGGCAUUCGUGACGUCUUCCCGGCUUUUCGAGUGGUUGAAGAUGCCUCAAGGCAGUUCGGCUGCCCUGGGUGGUUUUGCAAAUACCAUGCGCGCACUCUUUGAACGCUUGCGUACGCACAACUUGAAACCCACGCCUCCGAAAGCUACUAUUGGCGCUAUUGAAGCGGACUCCCUCGGACACACCAUCUCCCCUGACGGCGUUAGGCCUAACGGUGCCAAGGUUUCGGCCCUGACCAAAAUGCCUAUGCCCAGGAAUGUCAAGCAACUGCGUUCCCUUCUCGGUGGUCUCAGCUACUACUGUAAGUUCCUCCCCAACAUGGCUAAACGCGUUCGACCUCUGACUACUCUACUCAAGAAGAAGGAGAAGUUUAUCUUCACCCCUUCAAUGGAGCAAGCCGUUCGCGUUUUGUUAGCUGAGUCCGCCAAUUCAGACGGCUCGCGACCUUUUCAUCUUCACAUUGAUGCUAGUCACGAUGGGUUUGGUGGGACUCUCGAACAAGAACAGCCAGAUGGUUCCAUUCGCCCAAUUGUCUUCAUCAGUCGUGCUACUUUGGACUAA